AUGGGCUUCGGCGUCAAAGAAUCCAAGUCCACCAUCGGCCGGCAUGUGCCUGGCACUGCCACGCUGUUUGAUAUCCACGGCGCAGCAGUCCAGCAGUCGUCUGCCUUCAAGCAUGCCUCAGGCAAGAAUUCUGAUAUUAUUCUCGUCCCGCAGCCGUCGAACUCGCCAAACGAUCCCUUGAACUGGCCGCAAUGGAAGAAGCAUCUGACCUUCUUUUCCAUCUGCCUCUCCGUCUGCAUGGCCGGCGCUCUGGGCCCCCUGCUCGCGCCCGAAGAGGCCGACAUCGCCGAGGAAUUCCACAUCAGCAUCUCCAAGGCUGCCCUGCCGGCGGGAUAUCCGCUGCUGACGGCCGGCGUGGGAGCGUUCCUGGCGCAGGCCUGGGCUCCGAUCCUGGGCAAGAGGUCGGCCUACAUCAUCUCAACGGUCAUCCUCUUCGCGACGACCAUCCUGGUGUGCCUGGGCGUCGAGUUUCAACUCGCUGCUGGCGGCUCGCACGGUGCAGGGUUUUGGAAAUGGGGCGUCCACGAGCGAGGCAAGAUGAUUGUCGCAUACAACAUCGUCACGCUCGGCGCCGCCAACAUCUGCCCCAUCCUGGGCGGCUACAUCUCGCACGUCUACGGCUGGCGGAUGCAAUUCCGCAUCCUGAUCGCUUUCACGGGCCUGGCGCUGUUGCUGAUCAUCUUCGCCUGUCCGGAGCACGCCUACGUCCGGCCCAGCACGUACGAGACGGACAUGGCCGCGGGAUCCGAGACUGAGAGCCUGCGCAACAAGGCUGACGUCGAUCUGUCCGGAGACGCUACUGCGCUGGUGAGCACGCCAGAGAAACGGCGGUCGUACUGGGAGGAGCUGAAGCCGUUCAAUGGCUUCAUCUUGCGCCAGAAUCCGGUGAUCCUGCUGGCUCGUCCGUUUGCGUGCUUCCUCUAUCCGGCUGUCUUUUGGGGAUUUACAGUGGGAGGGCUGUGGAGUGCAUGGACAAUCGGCCUCUCCGUCGUCGUUGCCCAAAUCUUCGGCGCACCCCCCAAUCUCUUUGAUGACACGCAGCUCGGCCUGCUCUUCAUCUUCCCCUUCGUCUUCCUCAUGAUCGGGUGCGUCGUCGGCUUCGUGCUCAGCGACUGGUGGCCCAAGUUCUGCGCGCGGCGCAACAACGGCGUCUUCGAGCCCGAGUUCCGGCUUAUCCUGCUGCUUCCGGUGCUGCUGGUCGGGAUUCCAGGGCUGUUCGGCUUUGGAUACUACGCCGCGCGCGCCAACGACCACUGGGUGCCGGUGUCGUGUCUGCAGGGGCUGAUCGCGUUCGCGAGCGUGCUGGCGGCCAGCGUCUCGUUCAACUACGUGCUCGACUGCCACCGCAGCCGCAGCGUCGAGGUCUCGGUCGCCAUCAUCAUGUUGCGCAACUUCUUCUGGUUCGGCAGCAGCUACUUCCUGCCCGACUGGCUCGAGGUCGCCCGCACGAGCACCAUCUUCAGCAUCAUCGGUGGCAUUCAGCUCGGCGUGACGCUGUGCUCAGUCGUCAUCUACGUCUAUGGCAAGCAGCUGCGGUGUACGAUUGUCAAUCGACUGGUCAUUCUACAACGUAUGAAUAUAGUCAUUGCGUACAGUACAGUACUGUAUACACUGAUUCAACCUGGCUACUUGCAUACGGAGUACAACAGCUCCAGUCACGUAGGACAUUGGGGAAAGAGAAUGAAAAGUCUCAUUCUCGCACCAACAUUAAUUAGCCUACCUCAUUUCCUGCCUAUGACAGUCAUUGUUGACAUGUCUGUUAGUAACACCGUCUUUCCGAAAAGGAAUGCUUGCAGCGUCGAUCACACAGACCUGCACUGA